AUGAAAUAUGAAUUAGUAUUAAAUUAUUUCAAGAGUUUCUGUACUAAAGUAUCCGAAGUAUUGGAUCUUUUUGGUGAUGACUCGACUUUCAUAUUUAAUGGAGAUUUUGACAAAACUUGGAUCGCAUUUGGAAAACAAGAAAUCAAAGAACAUAUUGAGAACCAGUUUUGGUCUAAAGAUGUCAUAAAAGACAAUAACAAUCAAUUAAUUGCUUAUAAUAUUAAUAUUGAUUACAAGACAUGUAAAGUGUGUUCAAAGCCAUAUUCAUUGGGUGGAACUGAUAUGGCGUUUGUGGUAAUCGGAACUCUUAAAGACAUUUACAGCGAUCAAGAUAUUAGACAAACAAAACUCAUCGGAAGAAAGUUUGUCCAAACAUUUCUCAUGAGUCGUAACUCUCAAAAUAAGGACUACUUUAAGACAACUGUUAUGUCAUUAUUAGCGCCAAUAACUGAUUCAUUUGAUCACUUGUUUAGAUCUGAAGCACCAAAUUUAGCCAAUAAAAUGACAGUCAAUGACAAUAUCGACCAUUCAUUGAUCUCCACAUCACAAGACCUCGAGUUUAACACAAUUGUCAAAAAUAUUGAUAAAUUGAUUAAUGAAUCCAAUUGUGUUGAUGAAGAUGUCAUAGAAAUUGCAAUUGAGAGCAAACAAAAUGAUUUAUUACCGAUUUCUGUAAAUGAAAUCAUUAAAGACGACAAAUAUGACAAUCAAGAAGAGAGUGAAGCAUUCAAUUACAAACAAAAUCAAUAUUUGUGUGAUUUGUUUGAGUCUAAGUCUCGCGAUAAGUCACAAACUGAUCCAAACUAUACGAAGUUUACUCAAAAUGGAUGGAUUGAUAACAUGAAUGAAACGAUCAAAAAGAAAGAUCUGCGAACUGAUGACAACCACAACGGUUUGACCAGUUUUGCUGACGCCUUAAGAAGCAAUCCUCAGCAAAAUGUGGUCAAUAAAUGUGAUGUCAAAUGUCAGUCAGAGAUUAGAAUAAUCCAUAAUUUUAAUAAAUCAAAAUACAAAGCAAACAAAUGGGAUCAAAAUAAUACUAAGACUCGGCCCGACUUUGUUGGUCAACAAAGUAUUACAAUAAUCGGCGCCCAAAAUCUUGAGGACAUCAAUGAUAAUAAUAUUUUAUUCAUCGCUAAUAUACCGCUCGGAUAUUCAAAGAGUGACUUCAAGUUAUUGUUUGACAUUUACGGUAAAGUCGUGUCUCUAAAGUUUGUCGAAAGGAUUGGAGUUAUGUUUGCUUUUGUUUACUUUGUUUCCAAAACAAGUGUCGACACUAUAAUAGGUGAAACCACUGGUAGUAAUAAUUUUUAUAUUAAAGGACUUCAUCUAAAAGUCGAUCGAUAUAAACGAAGAUAUCCUUCACUUCCUCCUAAUUUGUGA